UGCUUUGGUUGUAGUUAUGUUGUCCUUUCGUUCGAGCGACAAUGUUUGGUCGGUUAUUACGGAACGUGACACAUGCCCGAGCGCAAGCACACACACUAACCCACUCACAUGCAACACACAGGGAAUUCCAAUCCGUCACAGCUAUGUCACAAACUGCCGGACCAAUCGCACUCUAACACAAACACCCAAAGAAGGGGGUCCCCACUUCCGCCCCACACACAUGGAGUAUAGAGUCAAACACUGGCUCCCCAUAAUGAGCCCCUUUCAAGGUUUUUUUUCCACACACACAAACACACACAGUCUCUCUCUGUCAUAUACACACACACACACACACGUACACACUUCAGCUCUGUUUCCAUGCCGACAGGCUGUACUACCGAGGCUGGGAGAGGAAAUGCCAGGCUCGGUUUCUAAGCGCCUGUUCUUCUGAAACACAUAACACACAUUGUGUCGCUGCCGUGGUCAUUAGAGAGGGAAAAUCCUCCUGGUUAUCUAACAGACUAGUUGUGUCACAUAGUUACCGUUAUCGCUCACCAUCAACUUCUCUCUCUCUCUCUCCCUCCCCCCUUUUUCUCAUCCUCUCAUUCUCCCUGUCUACUAAACUCGUUCUUCCUCUGUCUUUUUACACCCUUCUCGGUCUCUCUUCUCUCGGUUGCUCUCUUUUUUUCUUAUCUUUACCUUCCUGGAUAACCCGCGGAGGGUGAGGGUUAGGAGAAAUGAAAGAAAAGAACCCCUGGCAUAAGGCGGUGGUAAUCUUCAUCGCUGUGCUUGGUAUCAUAGCAAUAGUUGCCCUGGUAACAACAGCAGUACUGCAGAACAAACCUCUCCAACAGAAGUUCAAGUAUGGAAUUGUCCUGGAUGCCGGCUCUUCUCAUACAGCAGUGUAUAUCUACGAGUGGCCGGCAGAGAAGGAGAAUGACACCGGGAGAGUGAAGCAGAAACAUUUCUGUCAAGUCAAAGGUCCGGGAAUCUCCAGCUACUCACUGUCUCCAGAACAGGCAGGGCAUUCUCUCAGGUUAUGUAUUCAAGAAGCAGUGCUCAAUGUCCCCCGACGCAGGCACCAUGAGACCCCCCUGUACCUCGGGGCCACCGCCGGGAUGAGGCUACUUAGGAUGGAGAACCAAAGUCUGUGUGAUCAGGUUCUGGGGUCUGUAGAGAAGGUAUUGCAGUCUACUCCAUUCGACUAUCAGGGUGCUCGCAUCAUCUCUGGCCAGGAGGAGGGGGCCUUUGGCUGGGUCACCGUCAACUACCUGAGUGACAGAUUAAAACAGGGUUCAGGGACCACCGGAGCUCUUGACCUGGGCGGAGCCUCCACACAGAUUACCUUUGCAACCAAUCAGGACGAGACGGGGGAGUCGGCAGAGAAUACUGUAACCUUCCGUCUCUAUGGAAACGACUACUUCCUAUAUACACACAGCUUCCUGUGCUACGGGAAAGACCAGGUGCUGAAACUGGCACUGGCUCAGCAGACUCAGGCAGGGGCCAGCACAUUGCUCGACCCUUGUUUCAACCAAGGUUACAGUACUAAUUUAAGCUACUCCAGCGUGUAUUCCAGCCCCUGCAUCACGACUCAGAAACCUCUUGCUGCCGGUGAAGGUUUUACCCACAGAGGAACUGGAAAUGCGUUACAAUGCCAGGAAGUUGUUAGACGCAUUUUCAACUUCAGUGGCUGCACCUUCAGCCACUGUUCGUUCAAUGGGGUCUAUCAGCCACCGCUGCAGGGCCAGUUUGGGGCGUUUUCAGCGUACUACUUUGUGAUGAACUUUCUUAACUUGACGUCAGACACUCUGGAGAACAACAUGGAGAAGAUGGCACGAUACUGUUCAACACCCUGGACACAGAUCAAGCAGCAGUUUCCUAAUGUGAAGGAAAAGUACCUGGCAGAGUAUUGCUUCUCUGGGACCUACAUUCUCUUUCUACUGACCCAUGGAUACAACUUCACCUCAGACACCUGGUCAAACAUCAAGUUCAUUAAGAAGAUUUCAGGUAGUGAUGCCGGUUGGACACUGGGCUACAUGUUAAAUCUAACCAACAUGAUUCCUGCUGAGGCUCCAGACACUCCGCCUCUUCCUCACGCCGGAUAUGUCACCCUCCUCCUCUUCACUUCUCUCCUACUCUUCCUCAUCUUGCUCUGUAGUCUCAGAUCACUGUGGGUACGCUGCACCUCUCAGAGACAGAUCAUUUGAAGACAUUGAUCGUGUGUUUAUUUACGUGAAUGUUUAUACACUUUUUCUUAUGUUGUCUGUAAUAUAUAUCUUAUUCUGCUAUAAAGUUCACAUUUAUAAAAACAA